UCAUGUACUUCCUCUUAAUCACAUUGAAUUAUAGUUAGACAUAAAAGAUGACGGUUAAUUUGAAUUACAUGCCUCUUCGGGCAUUACAUAAGUGGCAUACCAUCAUGUACUGGGACUCCUGCAUACUGUGAGGGCUUAGCGGCCGUGAAGAGUGAGCAACCAUGGCGGUGGACGAUGAUGUGGAUGUGCUGCCUGACCGUGAUGCAGCAAAGGGCUUCUAUGCCAAAUAUGAGCCCAAAGAGGUGCUGGGCCGUGGUGGUUGCUCUGUAGUACGUCGAUGUAUUGAAAAGGAGACUGGCCAGCAGUAUGCUGCUAAGAUCAUCGACCUGAGUGACUCCUCAGAUGAAGGCGUGUAUGAAGCCACCAAGAGGGAGAUUGAGGUGCUGCGCAUGGUGGCUGGUCACCCAUAUAUCAUUGAGUUGCAUGAUGUGUUUGAGUCAUCAACAUUCAUCUUCUUGGUGUUUGAAUUGUGUGAGCAUGGUGAAUUGUUUGAUCACCUUACUACCGUUGUGACCCUCUCAGAAAAGAAGACAAAGGUCAUUAUGCGGCAGCUGUUUGAAGCACUGGCACACGUUCAUGGUAAGGGCAUCGUCCAUCGUGACCUCAAGCCUGAGAACAUCCUCCUGGAUGACAACUACAACAUCAAACUGACAGACUUUGGAUUUGCCAAAGUGCUGCCUCCUGGCGAGACUUUGACAGAGCUGUGUGGCACCCCUGGUUACCUGGCCCCUGAAUUGCUUCGCUGCAACAUGAUGGAGGGGGCGCCUGGGUAUGCCCACCAGGUGGACCUAUGGGCAUGUGGCGUCAUCAUGUACACCCUACUGGUGGGCUGUCCACCUUUCUGGCACCGCAAGCAGAUGGUGAUGAUCCGCAACAUAAUGGAGGGGAAGUACUCUUUCAACACCCCAGAAUGGGAGGACAUAACAGAUACUCCAAAGGAUCUUAUCUCCAAGUUGCUCGUGGUGGAGCCAGCACAGCGUAUUUCUGUCCAGGAAGCCCUCACCCAUGACUUCUUCCAGAUCUUGCCUCCCCGGAGUCGCAUCCUUGUCGCCACCAUUGAGAAGAAGCAAUACAAAGGACGCCCCUUCAACGCAAGGAAGAUGUUCCAAUUUGGUGCCCUGUGUGUGCGGUCUGUUAUCAGGAUCCAGCGGCUGCGCUACACUCCUGAACCAGUGUCCCUGGCAGUGACCCGGGUAGAUCCAUACAGGGUAAAGGCACUUCGCAAGGUCAUAGACAACUGCGCCUUCCGAGUGUAUGGUCACUGGGUGAAGAAGGGUGAAGGUCAGGACCGUGCAGCUCUUUUCCAGAAUUCACCUAAGAUUGACUUCUCACCUCGCACCCCUAUCAGCCCUCCUCUCAUACUGAGCAGGGCAUAACAGUGUUCUCUCCAUACAAAAUAGCACCAUAUUAACUGUUUAGGAAUUUGAUAAAAAUGGUCUCUCCUCAUUACCAAACAAGACAAGCUUUCCUUCAUAUGAGAUAAAACAGGCAACAACAAAACAGACAACACUUGAUUCCUCCUGCCUUGUGCAAAACAAAUUCAAGCUUUCUUCCUCUACCAGACAACCAAAGACCUUCUUGUACACAAAAAAGUAUCUUUUCUUCACAAGGCAAGACAUGCCUUCCCUUACAGUAGCCUAGUAAAAUAUUCCCUUGUAGAAAACAAGAUUAGCUAUCUUUUUGCACAAUAUACCCAUACAAUUCAAAAUAAGUUGUAUAAUGAGUAACUGUGCUUAACUAGAAAGACAAUUGGUCCUAACACUAUACAGAACAGAUGAUACAUUUUGUCCUCUGCCAGUACAAAAUAAGCAAAUCCUCAUUGACAUGCCAAAUAAGAAGACAAAGACAAGAUAAGCCAGCAAAUUUCCAUAGCCAAACAACUCAUGAUUAACCUUCCUUCAAACAGACAAGAUGAGACAGCAACUCUACCUCACACAGACCUGACAGUAACUUUGCCUCAUACAGACAAAAUAAGGUAGUAACUCCCCUUCUGUCAGCCAAGGCAGGACGACAUAAGAUAACAGUUAACUUUCCCUCACCCAGACGAGACAAGGUACAUACAUACUGACUCUCCUUUCUUUUACACAAACAACAGAAGACAAGGCUGAACAGUGACUCUCCCCACAAACAGGCAGUACAGCAGUAACUCCUAACACAGACAAGAGAAUACAUUAACUCUCCCUUAUACAUAAAAGACAAGGUGUUUCCUCAUUAUUGACAGGUGAUCAGUCAUGUUUGGUGAGUGAGUAGCAUGACCAUGAGUACUGAUGAGUGAGUGACUACUAUCAAGAUAUUUGCACAAAGAAGUUUUUAUGUUUGAAAAAUAUUCAUCUAUUACACAGUAGCUUUUGCUGUGUUUUCAUAUAUAUAUAUAUAUAUAUAUAUAUAUAUAUAUAUAUAUAUAUAUAUAUAUAUAUAUAUAUAUAUAUAUAUAUAUAUAUAUAUAUAUAUAUAUAUAUAUUCAUUCAAGCCAGUGUCAGACAUGUUGAUUGAGCAAUUGAACCAAUGGACAAUUAAACCAGUGGACAAAUAAUAUCAACCAGUGAACAUUAGAACCAGUGGCAAUUCAACCAAUGGAAAACUGAACUAGCGACAGUUGAACCACUUUAUUGGGAAAUGCAUUUUUGUAGUAAAAUAAUUUGUAUCAGUGGACACAAAAGUACUCUGGUUAAUUUAUCAUCAUCAUUUUUAUAUUAUUAUUUUCCUCAAGUCUACUGGUUGAAUUGUGACUAGUUCAGCUGUGCUUGAACCAUCAUUCACUAUCCUAGAAGUGUUAUUUAAUAUUUAAUGUGCUGACAAGUUAUGUUUGGGAGUUAUGAUUUGCUGGUUUGAAGUCUUGUAAAUUAUUGUAUAUCAUCUUCUGUAUAUAAUUUAUUUUCUUUCAUUUUAUGUCAUUUUAAAUUGUUGAAAAUAUUUAUUUUAAUGAAUACAGUAUUAUUAUUAAGUGAAGACAUUUAUUUUGUGUGAUUUUUUCUUCCAAUAUUCAACAAUGUAUUGUUACUCCCUUAAACUGAAUCCAGUAUUGCUUUUGAGUAACUAGAUGUUAUGGACACUAUUAAGACAUGUAUUGAUACAUUCUUUGAAAAGAAACAAUCCUUCCUUACACCGAAGAAGAUAGUUCAAUACCUGUUAGCCCAGUAGGGUUGAGAAUAUAGGAUAAGUCAAGUGUCCAGGAUAUUGUAGGCUGCUCUGGAACAGGUGCAGAGAAACGUAAAUUCAAGCUACAAAGUGCGUCUCUCUCUCUCUCUCUCUCUCUCUCUCUCUCUCUCUCUCUCUCUCUCUCUCUCUCUCUCUCUCUCUCUCUCUCUCUCCCCACUUGGCCUUCCACCUCUUCUGAUUUUUGGAGGAUUAAAUUAAUGGCAUGUAGAAAGCUUCCAUAUGAAGGGCGGCGGUUGACUUAAAGGAAGGUGAUCUUUAUAUAGAACGAUUCUCAACUUUCGGCUUUGCGCCUUCCUCGACCCCAGUGAUGACAUUACUGGGGUCCGUUUAUUUACAUCGUUCUUUUUCAAAAUGACCAUCAGAAAAAAUAACCUAGACUCGUUUGCUUUAUAUAUUCUGACUUGUCAUAUACUUUAACUAAUACAGUGAAUAUCAAAACAUUUAAAACCUGAAUAAUAAUAAAUAUAUAUAAAAAAAAAAAAAAAAACGGAAAAUCAUGAAAUCUUGACACCAUUAAAACCAUUGAAAUGUCUACCCAUUUUAACUUAUCAAAAAUGAAAAACACUGAAAAAUAUUAACUGUUUUGCAAAUAUAUAUAUAUAUAUAUAUAUAUAUAUAUAUAUAUAUAUAUAUAUAUAUAUAUAUAUAUAUAUAUAUAUAUAUAUAUAUAUAUAUAUAUAUAUAUAUCACAAUAAAAAAAAAAAUAACCGUAUUUUUAGAAACCAUAAAAAAAAAAAAAAACAGACUCCAAAAUCAAACAAAAAUUAAACAUAAGAAACUCGACAGGCUACGACAUAAUACAUCCAACCCAUCAUUGUGGUGACCGAUUUGUUCCAGUUGAUCGUCAACAGCCGCCCUUCAUUUGGAAACUAUUAUAUACCAAUAAGAUAAUCCACUAAGGAUCAGAAGAGAUGGAAGGCUUAUUGGAGAAAGGGCACGCACUGGUUCCAUAACUAUGUAGCUCGAGUUUACCAUGAUGGCAAACACCAUAGAAUACCAAAAAUUAUCUUUUGAUUGGUGGGACUGCCGAAUCAGUUUAUUUUCUGGCCUGCUAUUUUUAAAAAUAUGUAAGAUGAACAGGAGAUUGCUGUAAGGUCUUGGUUUGAACCCAAAUUGGAUGGUCAAAGACAAGUGGCUUACUUUGUUCGGGGAAAAAAAAAAAAAAAAAAACAUGCGAUGUAUACCAAAAAGAACUGUGUUGUCGGUAUUAUUUUUUUUCCUUUAUUAUAGAUCAAUCCAUUGUUAUUAUGGUGUGUAGCGGCUUGCAACCGCAGUGAAGUUGGAAAGGGUAGAGACGUUAGAGGUUCUCUUCUUUCACGCCGAAAUCUUCGUUCACAUGACAUAAAAUAUGGACAGUUGUUAUUGUUAUUACUUCUUGAAAAUAAAUGGUAUAUCUAUG